CGAACGAAGUCGCCGCCACAUAAAUUGGCAUCUCGUAGAAGUGUCACGGCAGAAUAAUCAAAAAUAUAUACAUAUAUAAAUGAAAUGAGUCGUGUACUAUUGUAUUCUGAUAAAUAAAGAAACGUCUUUGAGCAGCGUUAAGCGAGGCUUGUGCAUUCGAUUACUGCAAGGAUGGAAGCUGAUAGGGCUCAGAAAAUGCCCAAAGUGGCUAAGGUGAAGAACAAGACUCCGGCGGAAGUCCAAAUCACCGCUGAGCAGCUACUCCGUGAGGCCAAGGAGCGUGAACUGGAAAUUGUACCCCCGCCUCCCAAGCAAAAGAUCUCCGAUCCAGAGGAACUUGCUGAAUAUCGGCUAAAGAAAAGAAAAGGCUUUGAGGAUAAUAUCCGCAAGAAUCGCGGUGUUAUUUCAAAUUGGCUCAAGUAUGCGGCGUGGGAAGAAAGCCAGAAGGAAAUUCAAAGAGCACGUUCGGUGUACGAACGUGCAUUGGAUGUGGAUUCCCGAAACGUAACAGUGUGGUUGAAAUACGCUGAAAUGGAAAUGAAGAAUAAACAAGUUCAGCAUGCAAGAAACAUUUGGGACCGCGCAGUUUCGAUUCUCCCUAGAGUGAAUCAGUUUUGGUACAAGUACACCUUUAUGGAGGAAACCUUGGGCAACGUUCCGGGUUGCCGUCAGAUCUUCCAACGCUGGAUGGAGUGGCAACCAGAUGAACAAGCCUGGCUCACUUAUAUCAAGUUUGAGAUGCGAUACAAGGAGGUAGAUGAAGCACGAAAAAUAUAUGAGCAAUUCAUUAUCGUCCAUCCUGAGGUAAAAAACUGGAUAAGAUAUUCUCGAUUUGAAGAACAAAACGGUCUGGUUGAUAAAGCGCGCGAUGUAUUUGAGCGGGCCAUAGUGUUUUUUGGAGAUGAGUUCAUGUCCGAAGAUCUUUUUCUGGCGUUUGCACGUUUCGAGGAAAAGCAGCGUGAACAUGAACGGGUUAGAGUUAUCUUUCGUUAUGCUCUCGACCGCCUGCCCAAGGAGAACACUGAAAAUCUAUACAAAGCUCACUGCACCCAUGAAAAGAAAUUCGGUACGAAAAACGCUAUCGAAAAUGUGAUUUUCAGCAAAAGAAAAUUAAAGUACGAGAAACAAAUCGAGGAAGAUCCCUUCGAUUACUACACGUGGUUUGACUACAUUCGUUUGAUGGAAGCGAAUGAGCAGUUUGACAUUGAGGGAAUUCGGGACGUGUAUGAACGAGCUAUAGCCAAUAUUCCUCAAAGUGGAGUUAAACGGGACUGGCGAAUUUAUAUAUACUUGUGGAUUUAUUAUGCCGUGUUUGAGGAACUGGUAGCCGACGACAUAGAGAGAACCAGAGCGGUGUACAGAGGUGCUCUGUCCUCGAUUCCUCACAAAGCCUUUACGUUUUCCAAGGUUUGGAUUAUGGCAGCACAGUUUGAGGUGCGUCAAAAGGACAUGACGGCGGCAAGGAAGAUUAUGGGCACGGCAAUCGGAAUGUGUCCACGAACGAAGUUAUUUCGAAGUUAUCUGGAACUAGAGAUUGAGCUGCGAGAAUUUGAUCGUUGUCGAAUACUUUAUCAGAAGUUUUUAGCAUUCCAGCCGGAAAAUUGCACAACCUGGGUAAAGUUUGCCGAACUCGAAAGUAUUUUGGGUGACACCGAACGGGCAAGGCACAUAUUUGAGAUUGCAAUUAACCAACCGCAGCUCGAUAUGCCCGAAGUGGUAUGGAAGAGUUAUAUUGAUUUCGAAGUGGAACAAGAUAACCACGAUGCGGCCAAGGAGCUAUACGAGCGUCUUCUUGAAAGAACGUCACACGUGAAGGUCUGGAUUAGUUACGGUCGAUUUAUGGGUGCCCGAUUUGGCAAAGCGGCAGCUCGGGAAGUAUUUGAUAAAGGGGAAAAAAUGCUACGCGAGCAGACAAAGGAGGAACGAUGUAUGCUGAUUGAAGCGUGGUACGCUUUUGAACAGGAACAAGGUGAUGUUGAUUGGCUUGCCAAAGUCAAAAAGAUGCUUCCGCAAAAGAUUAAAAAGAGGAGAAAGGUCGAAAUGGAAGAUGGAGGCGAGGGUGUUUGGGAAGAGUACUAUGACUAUGUAUUUGAGACUGAUCAGGAAGCCAGGCCGCAUCUAAAACUGUUACAAAUGGCACGGGCUUGGAAAAAACAGGAAGAGAAAGCGGAGUAGUGAGUCCGAGGACAGGGAAAGGCAAACACUGUAAUAUAGCUGCACAAGGAAAGACUCCUACAAAAAAACCUUUGGCUACAUUGAAGCUUCGUACGUAUGUAUAUAUUGUUCACUUCUAUAUGUGUUAUAUUAAAAAUAAAAACAG